GAGCACAGGGCCGACCCGCCCCGGGCCGCCUCGGGGUGGGAGGCGUGUCCGCACGCAGGAGCCGCCUCCUGGGCGGCGCGGUCCCCGGCCGCUUCAUGCCCUUCUCCAUUCUCUGGCGGCGCUAGCUCAGGCUCCGAGCCGGUGAUCUUUGGAGUAGAACUACCAAGCAAAAGUGGGCAUUGCAUCUUCGGCUGCCGUCACGUUUGCCAUCAGAGUGGAAAGAUCUAACGUGAAGCUUCCUCACCUGCAGGGAGGUAGAGGGAUAGGGGUUACAUACCAACAGACAUGGGUUUCAACCUGACUUUUCACCUCUCCUACAAAUUCCGAUUGCUGUUACUUUUUACCUUGUGCCUGACGGUGGUUGGGUGGGCCACCAGUAACUACUUUGUGGGUGCUAUUCAAGAGAUCCCGAAAGCCAAGGAUUUCAUGGCUAAUCUCAACAAGGUCAUAGCUUUGGGGAAGGACAAAACUCUGACUCAUGAAUCGUCCAUGAAAAAAGCAGAACUUGCCGACUGUCCUCCUGUGUCUCCAUAUCUCAGAGGCCAGAGCAAGCUGGUUUUCAAACCAGAUCUCACUUUGGAAGAAGUACAGGCAGAAAAUCCCCAAGUGUACAGAGGCCAAUAUCGCCCUGAGGAAUGUAAGGCUUCUCAGCGGGUGGCCAUCCUCAUUCCCUUCCGCAACAGAGAGAAACACCUGAUGUAUCUGCUAGAGCAUCUUCACCCCUUCCUGCAGAGGCAGCAGCUGGAGUAUGGCAUCUACAUUAUCCACCAGGCUGGAAAUAAAAAGUUUAAUCGAGCCAAACUCUUGAAUGUGGGCUAUCUAGAAGCUCUCAAGAAAGAAAAUUGGGACUGCUUUAUAUUCCAUGAUGUGGACCUGGUGCCCGAGAAUGACUUUAACCUGUACAAGUGUGAAGAUCAGCCCAAGCACCUGGUGGUGGGGAGGAACAGCACCGGGUACAGGUUACGCUACAGCGGAUAUUUCGGGGGUGUUACUGCCCUAAGCAGAGAGCAAUUUUUCAAGGUGAAUGGAUUCUCUAACAACUACUGGGGAUGGGGAGGCGAAGACGAUGACCUCAGACUCAGGGUUGAGCUCCAUAGGAUGAAAAUAUCCCGGCCAAAGCCUGAAGUGGGUAAAUACACAAUGAUCUUCCACACUAGAGACAGGGGCAAUGAAGUGAAUAUAGAAAGGAUGAAACUCUUACACCAGGUGUCACGGGUCUGGAGAAGAGAUGGGUUGUCUAGCUGCUCUUAUAAAUUACUGUCGGUGGAAUACAAUCCUUUAUAUAUCAACAUCACAGUGGAUUUCUGGACUGGCGCAUGACCCUAGAUGUUUUUGGUGACCCUCAGAAGAACUGGGUAUUUGUUUGCAAUAAUUUUGGACCAGAGACUGUCCCUAGUACUGCACUUUAAGAACUUGUCGCAGCUAAUUAUUGGGCUGAAUUUUUCCUUUUUGUAUUUUCUUAGCCAAGCUCCUGGUAAUUUGAAAUUUAAGACAAUUGUAAUAAGACAGCUUUCUUAGUUGUUUUGAUCAUGAGGGUUAAACAUUAUAAUGUAGAUGCUGGAGGGACUAAAUACAAAAGGAGGGCUCAAAGGAGAGAAUGAAGGCUGCUUGAAGGAGGCUUAUUUAAAUGUGAAGUGAUACUACAGGAUAAGAGUCCCAAGAAAUAGGACUGACUGAUGAAUGUCCCAGAGAACCAGGAUCGUUCUCAUCCGCGGUUGACCGGUACGAAGACUAGCUCAUGUGACUCACUUCUCAUGCAUGGUCAUCUGUGAAGCGUGGGUUCCAGGUGAGAGGACAGCCACAGAAGAGGGGAGAAAGGUGAAUACUCAAGAUGCAACGAAGAAGUGGCAGAGGAUAAAGUGUCAGACGAGGUGGCAGCAGCACCACGUGGGUCGCUGCUGCUCCCCAUCGGUGGGUGCCUCCUUGCCUGGGUCUGCUUUUCUGUAUGCCCAGCAGAGGACAAUAUCUACUAGUUUCUAAAGCAGUUUUAUAAAAUUAUUUUGUACAUGUACUAUAUGAAUUAGCAGUUUGCAAAUUACACAUUAACAAGUAAUACAUCUACACAGGAUCUCUGUAAUAAAAUACGAAAAAGCAU